GGGUACGUUGAGCGUUCUUGCCUAGAUGCGUACUUAGAAAUGGAACAGUACUUUGGCCACUGUCGAUGACAUUUCACAAGUACCCUAGAACAGAUAAGUAGGCAUAUUGAGAAACGGCCAAAGGCGGAACAAGGGUUCAAGUGCGACUAUUCGGACAGGACCAGUAUCUGAUUGGGAAACGUAACAUCUGUUUUAAAGUUCUAACUUCUGAAAUCUAGUGGCGCGGAAAUCUGACAAAUACCCACCGAAUUUUAACAUUGCUUACCCUCACUUCUCAAGCUACCAUGUAAAGAUAUAGCUGAUAUAAUUCAAUUUGGAAAAAAAAUACCACUACCUCUAGCGGGCAGUGUGAGAAUAGCUGCCACCUUUCUUUGAAUUAGUCAGCGGUAAUUGGUGAACCUCUGAGAAAGCUUCCGGUUCAUUCACAAAAUGUUGGAAAUAUUCAUUUUGAAGGUUGAGAAUCCAUCAUGCCUCUGGGGUCGGGUUGUUUGCGGUGCCGAUGGCAGUGUGGAGACCACAGAACAUUACACUACUCUCCAGGCUCAGAUGAACCUUUUCUACCAAGAUGCAACUCAAGAUCUAAAUCAACUGAAACCCACUUCAUUAGAGGAAGGACAGGUGUAUGUGGUAUACUGGGCUGUGAAGAAGUCAUGGUGUCGUGCCGUGGUGCGGUCCGUCAUCACCGACCCCACAUGCUGUCGAGCUUUCUGCUUCCUGGUUGACCAUGGAGAAAUGAUUGUGGUCUCCUUAGACAAGAUACGAGUGUCGUUACAGAAGUUCCUUCAGCUUCCUUUCUGGGUGAGGAGGUUCCACCUGGCACGAAUCCAACCAAUAACCCUUCGAGUAUCUGUACUAGAAGAAAAAGUAGAACUUGAACCUACUAGACAGUGGGACUUUUCGGCUACACUUUACCUGCACAACUUGCUUCGAGCAUCCACCCAAACAGAAGCUGUGUGGCAUCAGUUGGAGUCGGACUCUACCUCCAUUGAGCUCUAUCUUACCAUCAGCAACAUCAAGAUCUGUGUGAAUGAUGACCUGGUAGCCAAUAGGUUUGCAUGUUACAGCAGCAGUGGCCUGGACGCCUGUGACAGAUUUCCUCUCGUGUUGUCCCCCAGCAUCCUAACUCAGACUGCUUUAAAAUGCUCUGACAAGCAGAUGGAGGAAAACCUGCAUUCGCCCAGUGAACAUGGAGGGUCAUCAGAGAGUCCUGGUACUUCAGAAGCAGGGGACUGGCUGACAACUCCCUCUCUACCUCAGAGUCAAGUCCCUGAGCUGGUUACUUGUGAGGAAGGCAGCAGAUCAGAGGAUACUAAAGAACCAAUGUUUUUUAACAGCCAAACCAAGCAUGGCCCAAAAGCUUCAGGGGCAGAGAGUGACUCCUCGGAGGAAACAGACUUCUCUCUUGCUUCAGCGCUAACCAAAAGCCUUGGUCUGUUCAGGUUCUUGAAGUUUCUAAAUCCUGGCAGAGGCAAUCAACUGGAAGACAAAGAGCAAAGCCAGGAAGGAGACGUCAGACCAGAGGCCAGCUGCAGAGAUGAUGACGCAGGUUCUUCUCGGGUGGGGCAGAAUGAUGACCUAAACAACUGUCAACCUGAGAUGACUGAACUGUCUGAAGCUGGCACUGAACAAGAGCAGGAUGCUGCCAGCAUGUUCUCAGAGACCAACCUGCAAAGUAAAACUGGAGAUGUUUCUCAAACUAUUCUAGUUGACAGACCUGGGCAUGUGGAAGCAAGUGAUUUAAGUACGUCAGUGGAGUGUGGAAUGAGGAGGAGUGAAGAGGACAGAGUCUGCUCACGUCUUUUAGAGUGGCUGAACCCAGAGCCUUUCAACUCUGAUCCUGAUGCUGUAGAUGAGGUGGUUUCACCCGGUGAUCCCUGGGUGGAGGGGAUUCUAGUGCAUUCAACCCAUUCCAUGGAACCAUGCAACACAUUAGAAGAUGCUCCCAUCACAGAUUCUCUUCGUCAGGUCUUGCUUCGGAAAAACUAUCGCACUCUUUCUCCAGCUGACCGUUACAGUUGGCCAGCUGUAGCUCGUGGCUGCAACACUUUCGUUAUCUCCCAGAAUGCUGACCAGCCACUUGGCUACCUUAUUCCUCUGCUCACCCACAUUCUUUUGAACUCCCUCCUCUUAUCCCACCUCUCCAGUUCAGGGCCCAUAGCAGUGCUGCUGUGUCCGGGCUGGGAAAAGGCUCAGAUUAUAUACAACCUACUGGAGGAAAGCAAGGUUUCUCAAACCCUCCACCCAAUUAUUGUCUUGGUGGGCAUUGGCAAGGAUGAAGCCAAGGCUGUAAAAUUCCCCAAAAACUGCCUGCUGUUGGUGACCACGCCAUUUACUCUUGUCCGUUUGCUGUCUUGUCACUGCUUUCUUUUCCUGCGACUGUACCAUCUAGUAUUAGAUGAGGCUGACCAGCUCUUCACUUUUGCACCUGAUGAGAUGGCAACCAUCCUACAACAUUUUCAGAAGGUGACUUCCAGUGAAGAGAAAGCAUCCUGUCCUCGGCAACUGGUUGCUGUGGCCAAAAGAUGGACCAGUCACAUGGAGGAUCUAAUCUCUAAUCAUAUGCCCUAUCCCUCCAUCAUUAUAACUGUCCCUGAGGAGGCUGCACUUUAUGGUAACAUCCAGCAGGUUAUCCUGAUGACUGUUGAGAGCAACAAGAUAUCUGAACUUCUGGGAGUGUUGGAUUUCAGUUCUGAAGUUGGCCAAAAGACACUGAUUGUAGCAAACUCUGCUGAGGAGGUUGAAGAUGUGUUUAAGGCUGUCAGCAACAAAUCGGCAUUCUGUCUCAAGAUCCACAAGGGAUUACUGGACCAGCUUGACUUUGUCAUCCAGCAGUGGAGGAAAAACAUUGGCCCUGGCACUCAUGUUAUCCUGGUGAGCACCAGUGAGUGCUUGAGGGGCCUUGGCAUCAGAGAUGCAGCUUGUGUUGUCCACUAUGGAUUUCCGCCUUCUCCUAAAGUGUUUGGCUACAGACUCUUUUGCAUGGCUGAACACUUUCGAAAUCUACCUAAACAAGAUCAAACAGACAGUGGUUCUCCAGUCAGCAGAUCAGUGCUGCUGAUCUCAGAAAGAAAUGCUCGCCACGUUGUGGGAGUUCUCCGUUAUCUGGAACGAACUGAUGCGCCACUUUCACCUGUACUGUUCUCCUUUGCUGAGGGGGUACAUGUGGCCCGCGAAGACCAGAAGACAGAUCGACCUUUUUGCAGCUAUCUGAAGAGGUUUGGAUUCUGCAGAGACAGGAGUGUGUGUCCUGAUCGUCACAGAAUCAACCGUCAGUCAGAUCAGUCUGCUCUUCCUUCCUCUGGAGUCAUUGAAGUCUUACCGCUCUACAUUAAGACAGCAUCUGUCUUCUAUGGUCGUUUGGUCAGACAGAAUGACAAGGAGUUUGAUAAAAUGGCCUCUGAGAUGAUGUCUUAUUAUGCUGACAAGAAACCUGGAGCCAAGGAGCUGCUGGAAGGAGCUUUAUAUGCAGUUCAAGAGGACGAGAUCUUCCACAGAGUGAAGAUCCUGGCGCUACCUGACCAUGGUGAAAGCAUCUUUUACAAUGUCUUGGUUCAGUUCAUUGAUAUUGGAAAGGAGAGUGAUGUCAAAUCCCAUCAGAUCCUUGAGCUGCCGCCACAGUUUCAUUCUCUGCCUAACCAAGCCGUUGAGAUGGUGGUCUGCAGGGUGAAGCCAGCUGAUGCUGAGAUUGAGUGGCAUCCAAAGGUCACCAGAGCAAUCAGCCAGAAGAUCCGAGGUCUGCAGCAUCGAGCCAGAGCCGUUCUGUGCCUGGGGAAUACAGUUUUUGUCGAUCCUAUGGUACGAGUUACUCAGAUGCCAGGCACAAAAACAUUUAUAAAUGAGUACAAUGUGCAGACUGAGAUCCUAAAGACGGGGAUGGGAGUCAAUAAUCCCGAGCAUCUGGACUUCUUCAGAGCAGCGGUUCAAGAUAACAGCAGCAAAGACGGAGGUCACGCAUCAAGCGACAAAGACAGAAGAGGAAUUUACGAAAGUCAUCCUGCUGCCUCCUUGAGCCUUCAUGAAAACGGCGAUCCUGAUGGUGAUGAGCAAGUUGUGUCUAGAGAUGAAACAGUCUGCAAUGAUCCGUCAAAGAGUUUAUACCCUCAGGUUGUUUGGUACCAGACCUGUGACUCUGUAAUUGUAACAGUGAAGUUGAUGAACCCAGAGAGUCAACGCUGUGAUUUCUACACAGACAGAGUUGUCUACAGUGGCAGAGUGAACGGUCGUUCCUACAGGGCUGAUCUGGAGCUUCACCAGAAAAUAGAAGCCGACAUUUGCCACUGGGAAAUGAAGUCCAAUCAGCCUGUUCUUAAACUGGUAAAACAGCAGCAAGGACACUGGGAGAGACUCAUCAGGAGUAAGAAUAUUUUUGUGAGUUACGACAUGGACCAUGUUGAUGACGACGAAGACAGAUCAUCAAGUUGUCUGUUUGUGGAGAAUACAGGAGAGGAUAGCUGCUAUCUGAACUCAGAGAGCGGCAGCGAAAGUGACUGAACCCAAAAUGUUCUUGUUUACAUCUUCACCUCUUCCCUUUAAGAUAUAUUUCAGAUUCCUUUUGCAGUUGGUUUUAUUGUUCUCAUAUGUGGAGUUUAGAUGGUUGCCCUUAAGAGGCCAACAUUCAGAAUCUGAAAUCUAGUUGUUUGGAAAUUGUCAUCUUUUUUUAAUCUAUUGUUUCGCAGAUGAGCAAAUACUAAAACAUUCAUUUUCAUUCAUGUACUUUGAAUUUAGUUCUGGGGAUAUAGGUCAACACACAUGACUGUUUUCUUCCUUUAAAAACAAUUCAUAAUCACAUUUAAUGAUAGCUUGUGACAGCGUGGGCAAUUGAGAAACCGAAUUCUGUUACUAUUAACGUGUAAAAAUUAAACAGAAUUGAAUUGUUCCCCCAUCUUUUGUUCAAAUAAUUGCUUGGAAAUGUGAUAAAUAAUUUCAUUACCUUUGAGCUGUUUCAAGUUGGGAUCUAGGUAGGCUCUGUGCAUCUUGUUGUGUAUUAUGUAUGGAGGCAGAAUCCUGACAAAGUUAAAAAUAAAUAUGAAAAUAAAUUAAUGGGUUGAUAAAGUAAUAAAUGUGUCAAAAAAUAAGAACUUUGCCAACUUCUUUGAUUAUGAAAUGGAGCAUUAAUUAAUUUAGAAUUUUCAGCAAUACUAAUUUAACAUCACUAUCAUUUAUCCCGCCUGCAGUCCUAAGAGGGGUGGAGUAGACCCUGUGUGAGCUUUUUACCCUGUGCGCGGUCCCGCUGGCGCCGUACUGAUCUGGUUUUUUCCUUCAUGGUUUUGGAAACUGACAGGACUCCCCCAUCACUUUUCUGCUGUCCGACAGUGACAUCUGCUGCGCUCUUCCUGAGAGUCAGGCUACUACUGUGUGAGGCUUAUCAAAAAAUAAGAAAAUUAAAUGAAAAUUAUACUAAUAAAAUAAUAUAACUAAAAUGGAGAAUUAAAUUUAAGCAAUUUCUCCUUAGAGAUUACUUGUCUGUUCUAUUCAAAAUAGUGAUACGGUAAAUUAAUUCUGUUAAAAAUUAUCAACAAAUAUGGAUGUUAAAUUGUAUAAUUAAAUUGUAAAAAUAUAUAUUUUUGGAUGUUAUAUUUGGCACAUGAAUUACUUUAUCAAGCCACUUAUUACUUUCUCUGUUUAUUCACAAUUUUGUUAGGAUUCUUUUCUAAACAUAUAAGGACAGCAUGAAAUUGGGAAUUAAAAUUACCCCGCUGGUGCUAGCGUGAGAUUUGCCAAGAUUGGUGCAGUCCUAAGCAAAAUAUGCAGCACUAUUGUUCAGUCACUUCUGUUGAUGUAAUGAACACCUAUUUAUAACAAAUGUCACCUCAAGGUAUUUUACAAAACAAAUGGCCUCUAAUCAUUUCUAGCUACAUAAAAUCUAAUUUUGCUCAAAUUCACAAUAAUCCAACUGGUUAAGAUCCACGUUCAUAGUCAAUGUAAUUGAAAUUUACAAAUUAAAUUAAUAAUACAGUGCCAAUUGGUAAUUGUCUACUAUAAAGAAGGCCAACCCAGUACAUCAAGCCAUUGACUUUUCAGCAAUCAUUUUCUCUGUUUUACUUUAUACCAAACAGAAACGGACAAGGAAAAACUUUACUGAUAUCUUCAGAGUAUUUGGUGGGUGUUUGUGUCAUUGCCUUGAGUUUGUAAGUAUGAAGUAUAACCGACACAAGUUAUGAUUUGGGUUGACUACUAGUGUUGUUACUUUUUUAUGACAAGGCAUGUAUAUAAGUACACGUUGUUGAUUGCCUUCUUGACUACUGUUCACAACCAUGGGAGAGCUCUUAGAGGAACAACGGUCUGUUUUGUUUGCAGCUUUACCAAGUAAAACUGAGGCAUUAUAAAGCUUUAUUUAAAUCUGCAAGUAAGACAAGCAUACCUCCUCAGCUGCCUUGUGGCAACUGGUAUAUUACUGUUACUUUGUUGUUGCAGUGCUGCAUUAGACUUGCAUUAAAAUUAUUUACACAGUUCUUCACAUUUAUAUUUAAAAUCAUCUUUUUAGUUUGACCAACAUGCUUCUUAUGACUGGGAGUAAUGGUAACAGUUUGAAGUGGCCCAUCCAGUGACAGUCCUGGGAGCUUAGGGAGUUUAGUAUUAGGAGAAUGUAAAAAGGACUUCCAAACUGUAAGGCCUUGAAGAAGAGUGUCCAAAAAUAGUAAUGGAGAUGGCAAAAAGUGCAUGAGGAGUUACAGGAAAGAUUUGGUUGCUGUCGUUCCUUUUCCAUUGACUUUAGUGAAUAAUUCUUUGCAUGUACAUUUUGUUUUUGGAUAAAAAUGAAAACUAUAUAUAUCUUGUAUGGUCCUAGUUUCUGGGAGAUGCCUUACAUUUUCCAAUCAGAAAAAAAAAUUGGUGGUUAAAGCUGCAGUAGGUAACUCUAAAAAAAAAUGUGUUUUUUUUUUUUUUUACAUAUUAAAAUUGUUACUAUGUCCUCAAUGAAUGGUACGAGACAGAUAAUCUGUGAACAGAAUCAAGCUUCUCCACCUCCUCCCAGUGCUACUAUUGCGAUCUGCAGAAAUGUGCUGCUCCCAGUCAAAAACAGCCAGUCAGGAGAAUCAUAGCACUAUAAAUUACACUUAUGUAUGUGCUGCUCAAUGUGCUAAUGGUGGAGAAACAACUUACGGUUCCAGGAAAACUGUUUACCUGCUGUCAUUGGUGACCGUGCUAACUAGCCUGAGCAUUUGUGACAGGCUGUGUUAUGGGGAAGAAGCUGUAGCACAGCAGAGAGCAAGGGGGGUAAGCAGCAUGUACACAAGAAUGAUUGACAGUGUUUUUGACAGAGCAUUGUAUUUCGGCUAAGGGUGCACGGAUUUCUUUCUCUUUUUUUUUUUGGCUGAUUACCGAUCUUUAAAAAACCUGACCUGCCGAUUCCAAUUUUGGCAAAAAAUUUGUUUUUUUUUCCUUUUUUUUUUUUGUCUGAAAUGUUGCUAAAUAUAAUAAGAAAGUUGGCAAUAGUGGGAUUGCCAACUCAGCUAUUGAUUAGUGCAAACAUGCAGACAUGACCAUGGCAGAGCAACAGAGGACAGUGGUUGAUUUUUAGACCUUUUCCGAGGUUGAUAAGAUCGGUGGAUAAGCUUGGCUUCACAUGUAGGUAUCAGCUGAUAACCGGUCUCCCAAAAUUGGAAAGGAAAUUGGGGCCGAUUUAUCGGUGCAUCCCUAAUUUCUGCAGCUAGCAUUGGGAAAAUGCAGAAGAGCUUAAUAGACACAGUUUUAACAAAUAUACACAAAUAUAUUUUCUAUAACAGUUCCAUAAAGCAGGCUUAAGAGAAAAAGUUUAAUGUAUAUUUGCCAGGGGUAUGAAUAGUUGUGGACGUAAGUGCCUGUGUAAAAGGAGUUUAGGUUAAAGCUGCAGAUAGUAACUUUUAUUUAAAAAAUGUUUUUUGCAUAUUUGUUAAAACUGUCACUAUGUCCUGUAAGUAGAAUAUGUACGGCUUUGUUGAUUAAUCCUUAAAAUGAAGUUGUAUCGACUUAUUUUGUUAAUAUUCUGUAUCUGUUGACGACUGAAAAGAAAUGUAUCAGUUGAAGAACUUUAUGUACUUUUUCUUUUUGAACAUUUGUUUGGAUUCUGCAGUUUUACAUUGUUUGUUGGAUGUUGUUUGAAUUAUUA